AUGGCCCCGAACAACAAUAUCUUCGCCGAUAUCGUGGCUACACAGCCUCCCAAAGAUGUUGUGGAGCCCCAUGGCAGUAAUCCUUUUGCGCUGAACGAUGGUGCUGCCUGUCAGCCGGAGAAACGUCUUAGUGUCGACGAGGAGAAGAUUCUAGAGGGCAUGAGGCCUUGCAUUGCCGACCAACAGGAAUACCCUCCACCGACGGACGAGGAACGAAACACACUGCGUAAGGUUGCAGACUCUAUUCCACCCGUUUCGUACUGGUUAUGCGCGGCUCAGUUUGCAGAGCGGGCUUCAUACUACGGUGUCCAGACUGUUUUCUCCAACUUCAUCGAAUUCCCAUUGCCCAAAGGCGGCAAUGGUGCCGGGGCUCCUCCACCAGGCACACAAGAGACUGCUGGAGCUCUUGGUCAAGGGGAACAGUUCGCUAACGCCUUUGUGCUGCUCUUCUUCUUUCUCUCUUUCUCUGUCCCCAUCUAUGGAGCGUACGUUGCCGACGUUCAGCUGGGUCGCUACAAGACCAUCAUGAUUGGUGUACUUAUUUGCGGUGUUGCUCAUGUCAUCAUGAUCGGUGGAGCCGCUCCCAGCGUGCUUCAAGCUGGCAAGGGCAUGGCUCCGUUCCUGAUCAGUUUUUUCAUGCUUGCAUUUGGCGUUGGCAUGUUCCAGCCUAACAUCGCGCCGACAAUACUCGAUCAAUAUGUGCAUCAGCAGGAAUAUACCAAAGUGCUCAAGAGCGGAGAAAAAGUCAUCAUGGACCCUGAGGCUACUGUCCAGCGCGUCAUGUUGAUAUAUUACGGCUUGGUCAACGUGGGUGCCUUUUUCGCUCUAGCUACGACCUACUGCGAGAAGGAUGUCGGCUACUGGCUUGCCUACCUCACACCUGGAAUCUUGUACUUCCUUCUCCCAACCUUACUUAUAAUCUUGAACAAGCAUGUCGUCAAGAAAGCGCCCGAUGCUUCGGUUCUCACUAACGUAUUCAAAAUCACUAGUAUGGCAAUCAAGCAGAAUAAGUUCAAGUUCUGGGGCAAAGGCUAUUUAAAUGCCGCGAAGCCAAGCGUGCUCGCCGAUAACGGUAUCCUGACCUUCAAUGGCAACCCAAUCUCAUGGACGGAUCAAUUGGUAGAUGAUACUGCUCGCACAUACGCAGCGUGCGCCAUCUUCCUCUAUUUUCCAAUCUGGUAUAGCAACGACGGUGGUAUCGGAAACAUCCUUACCAAUCAAGGUGCUGCUAUGACCACAAACGGUGCGCCCAAUGAUCUACUCUCGAACUUCAACCCGCUCACAAUCAUUGUCGUCAUCCCGAUCCUAUCAUAUGGUGUUUACCCCAUGCUGCGCAAGUACAAAAUCAAGUUCGGACGCAUCAGUCGCAUUACCUUCGGCUUCAUCCUGGCCGCCAUCUCCGGCGUUAUCGGCGCCAUCAUCCAAUGGCGCGUCUACGAGACCUCGCCCUGCGGCUACUAUGCCAGCUCCUGCUCCAUCGGCACCGGCGUAUCGCCCAUCAGCAUCUGGUGGCAAAUACCCAACGUGGCGCUCGGCGCCAUCUCCGAGUGCUUCUGCAACGUCACCGCGUACGAAAUCGCUUAUGCCCGCUCGCCGAAAGGCAUGAAGGCAGUCGUCAUGUCUCUGUUCCUGUUCAACACGGCGCUGGGAACCGCGUUGGGAGAAGUGCUCACGUCCGUGACUGUCGAUCCGUAUCUGAUCUGGAUCUGGGCCGGAUUGGCCAUUGCCUUGGCGGUCCAGACGGUUAUUUUCCACUGGACCUACAAGGAGAUGGACAACGACGAGUUCAUGACGUACCAGGACGACAACGAGGUGCUUGAAGAGCACAGGCGUGGCAGCCGCGUUGAGCGAACGGUAGGUUCGAUGGAAAGGAAGGGCAGAAUGGAAAGCUCGGAAGAGGGUGAAAUCGACAGUGCUGAAUACGCAACUCGCCCUGCCCGACCUUGA